CAAUUAUUUUCAUUGUAAUGAAUUUUCUGUCAUCAAAAGUAAUUAUCAUCUCAAUUUUAACAAUAGAAAAGAUGUCUGGAAACUUCGUAUAAUACAUAUAAAUGAUAUGCAUUCAAGGUUUGAAGAAACAAAUAUUAACUCUGGAGAAUGUACAUCAAUAGAAAAAAAUGCAAAACAAUGUUAUGGAGGAUUUGCAAGAGUUGCCUCGAUAGUGAGACAAGCUAGAAAUUCGACUACUCCAGUCUUAUUUCUUAAUGCUGGUGAUACUUUUCAAGGUACACCAUGGUAUAACUUUUACAAGUGGAAAGUAGCUGCCAAGUUUAUGAACAUGUUAAAACCAGACGCAAUGACUUUGGGGAAUCAUGAAUUUGAUGAUGGUAUCGAAGGAUUACUUCCUUUUUUAAAAAACGUUACAUUCCCUAUUGUAACUAGUAAUCUUGAUCUAUCUGGUGAGCCCGAAAUAGCUGCCUUAAUGGAACGAAGUAUUAUCCUUAAUGUUGCUGGUAGAAAAAUUGGAAUUAUUGGAUAUUUAACUUCUGAACCUGGAAUUAUACCGAAUAUGAAUACUAUUACUAUUCUCAAUGAAAUGAAGUCAAUUAGGAAAGAAAUCUCAAAGCUCCAAAAAAAAAAUGUAAAUAUUAUAAUUGGUCUUGGUCAUUCGGGUUACGAUGUUGAUAAAAAAAUAGCAGAAGAAGUUGAUGGCUUAGAUCUAAUCAUUGGGGGUCAUUCUCAUAGCUUUCUUUAUAGCGGAUUUACACCUAACAAAGAAAAUCCUUUAGGUCCAUAUCCGACUGAGAUUGUAAAGAAAGAUGGAAGACGUGUUUACGUAGCUCAAGCCUACGCAUUUACUAAAUACUUGGGUCAUCUUAAAAUCAUUUUCGAUGCUGAUGGAAGAAUAAGGAAGAUCAAAGGUCGCCCAAUUUUGCUUGAUAGUAAAAUUAAUCAAGCUCCUGAUGUUGUAAAAGAAAUUAAAAAAAUGAAGCCUGCUGUGGUAAGAAUGGGAGAUGAAGCUUUGGGAUAUACUGGAGUAUUUUUAAAUGGAGAUAGAAAGAUAUGUAGACAACGAGAAUGUAAUCUUGGAAAUUUAAUUACUGAUGCUAUGAUCAAUCAUAAUAAGGAAAAGUAUACGGAUGAUAAAGCAUGGACGGAUGCAGCUAUAGCAGUUUAUAAUAGUGGAAACAUUAGAUCUUCAAUUUCUAAACUUCGAAAUCAACCAAUUACCUUUAGUGAUGUACUGACAGUUCUUCCAUUUGGAGAUUAUAUGGGUAAAACUAAAAUGACUGGUCAAAAACUAGUGGAAAUGUUGGAACACAGUGCAGCUGAAUUUCGAGAAAAUUUUACUCAAUUUUCUGGACAAUUUCUACAGUAUUCCGGAGUUCAAGUGACAUAUAAUUUAUCUCAGCCUGUUGGAUCCAGAGUAAUUUUAGAUACUUUGUACAUUCAAUGUGCUAGGUGUAAGGAGCCAAAAUAUGAGAAAUUUAAUUAUAAACAAGUUUAUACAAUCCUCGUUCAUGAUUAUCUUUACAAUGGUGGAAAUAAUUUUAAUAUGUUCAAAACAUCUCACUCAACAUGGAUCAAUUCAGGUUUCACAAUGGAUCAAAUACUGGCUAAUCAUAUUAAAACAAUUAGACAUUUAAUCAAUAAAGGAACUGAAAGACGAAUCAUAUUAUUACAUUAAAAUUUUGUUAAUAAACAUUGUUACGCGAAAGAACAAAUUUUAAAAAAUGUCUCAAUCAUGAUUAAACUUCAUAGCAGUUUAUCGACUCAGUGAGUAUAAUUAAAAUUUCUCAUUAUCCAAUAAUGAUAGAAGAACCAUAUAUGUUAUGACAGUCCCAACUAGCUGAAAAAUUCAAUUGAUAAUUAUAUUUAAUAUUUAUCAUUAGAAUAUAUAUACUUACAGAUGUUAAAAGACUAUUAUCGAUUGAAAAUAACUG